CAGAUGAACUGGUUUAAGUCAGGACAUUAUGUGCUGCGGUUCUGCACACAUUUGGUGUAUUUGUAGUUUCUAAGUCCCGUUUCCACAUAUGAGCAAACAUUGUAAUCCAGGAAUGAAAGUAAAGCUGUUACUUCAUCUGAUUUUCCAAGGAUUUCUCCUAUAUGAGACUUUGGCAUGGGAAGUGAGGAUGCCAAAGGAAAUUCAUGGUCUCAAAGGUUCAUGUCUGGUUAUACCAUGUUCUUUCUCCUAUCAUCCACCCAUCAACCCAAACAGAGUUGUGUGGUAUCAGUGGGUCUCUAAAGGCUACCCUAUAGUUUAUGAUCACGAAUAUCCAUCUUAUGUAAUUGACAAGUUCAAAGGAAAAACUGCUUUAUAUGGCAACCAUUCAAAUAGAGACUGCAGUCUUGUCAUUACAAACCGAGAUCAGUCCCACCAUGGAGAGAAAUUAUAUCCAUGGAUUGACCCAGACAGUGUUGGAUGGCGCACAUACAAGUUUUAUGAUGUCACAUCCACGAUUCUUGUGGACGCAAGCCCACAGAAGCCCACCAUCAAUGUUCGUGGAGGCGCAAUGACCGGUGACACCAUAACAGUGUCAUGUGAAACCUACCACACCUGUCCGUACAGCAAACCAAACAUCACUCUGAAGGUUAUAGAAGGAUCUGAUAAAAUACAGGACAUUUUUGGAAUAGGUCAAUGGAAAAUCACUCUGACACGCACGGGUGUCAUGAAAGCUGAGCACUCAGAUAUCAAAUGUAUAGUGACACAUUAUGGAGGCAAAACAGCAAGAGCUACAAAAUCAAAAAGUGCAAAAUGUAUCUAUACAAAAAUUGCCAUUGAGCCUGACCGUGCAGAUGUCAUAGAGGGCGUUUCAAAGAAGUUCACAUGUACCAUCGACCAUUCCUGCCUGAAGAAUCCUCCAACCAUAUCAUGGAACUAUAAGAACAUGGAGGUCUCAAACAAUAACAAAAAACUUUCAGAGUUCAAAUCAGCCACCUCUUCCACCAUAACCUUUGUUAGUACCAAAGAACACCAUGACAAGAUGUUGAAAUGCAGUGCAAACAUUUCGGGGAAAAACAUUGAAUCAUCUAUUACUUUACAUGUACAACGUAUCCAUACUAAAAUAGCCAUUGAGCCUGACCGUGCAGAUGUCAUAGAGGGCGUUUCAAAGAAGUUCACAUGUACCAUCGACCAUUCCUGCCUGAAGAAUCCUCCAACCAUAUCAUGGAACUAUAAGAACAUGGAGGUCUCAAACAGUAACAAAAAACUUUCAGAGUUCAAAUCAGCCACCUCUUCCACCAUAACCUUUGUUAGUACAAAAGAACACCAUGGAAAGAUGUUGAAAUGCAGUGCAAAUAUUUCGGGGAAACCCAUUGAAUCAUCUGUUACUUUACAUAUUCUUCUACAGAUCCUCCAAAACCAGCGAUUCCUGUCCAGAAUCCAAAUUGAAGAUUACGAAGAUUAUUACACCAAUAUUGAAGACCUCAACACGUAUGGCAACAUCUGGCAGUAUUCGCAAGCCUCAUGGUUCAGGUCCCGCUUCUGCGAGGCAGUGCGGGGUCUGCAGUCAUGGGGUUCGCAGAUGGAUAUUUUGGAGGGUGAGACGACUUCGGUCCUUUCUCAUCCCUCAAAUCCCAUUGCUUCCGGAAAGGGUUUGGGAGCCCGCAUGGUGGCUUCUCCCGCCCCAUCUGGAAGCUCUAUGCACUGCUCUAGCUCUGAGGAGUGA